GUUUUACUGGUACAGAAAGUCACUGGCUUUGUAGCGCUCAGCCUGUGUAGUUUCUUUAAUCAGGCUAUGAGUGUCAUGUCUUUGUAGAAGAUUUCUUUUUACUCGCGUGGAGGAAAGGACACUUGUUGAGGGGGCGCCUUGCAGGUCAGCCGGUGGAGGAGCUGGGAAACAGCUGGUUUCUGGUGAAAACAUGACCACUCCAUACAGAAAUGUGGACUCCAAUUAGUUUCAUUUACCUCCUGGGUCUCUACUGCGCAGCCUCCACCACUCUUCCGAGCCCCACCAAUGUCAGCUUCUCCUCUGUAAAUCUAAGGAAUGUGCUGCACUGGUCACCUGGGAACGGCACACCAGAUGACAUACACUUUACAGUGGAAUAUGCCAUCUACGGAGACAGCGUUAAGGCCAUCAAAGGGAGACGGAUGAACUGGAGAGCUGUUCCACAGUGUACAAAUAUUAUUCGGACCUGGUGUGAUCUGACCAAAGAGACACGGGAUGUGGAACAGGGGUAUUAUGCACGAGUUCACACCAUGGGCAGGAGAUCAUCCUCCAAAUGGGCUGUGACUCUAAGAUUUGAUCCAAAGUCAGACACUACUUUUGGCCCCCCAUGGGUUUCUUUGGAAAUAGUGAACAACAGCGCCAUCAUCACUUUGACAGGACCAAUGAGAUAUCCACCAAACAACCACACAAAAGAAGUUUCCAUGGCAGAAGUCUAUCCGCAGAUGAGGUACAACCUCUCCAUCUACAACACCCACCGCGACCAGAUGCAUCAUAUUCCAGUGGCCACCAACUGGUACAAAUACCACCUGCAGGAUUACAAUACAGAAUACUGCUUCUCUGCUAAGUCCAAAUUCCUCUCCUUGCCAGUGGAAUGUCAGGCCUCAGCUUGGCACUGCAUCACCACACCUCAAGACCCAAUGAUUGAGCAGCUGCAGAAGAUGGUUGUGGGUAUUGUUGUUCUAUCCUCGUGCAUUUGUAUAAUUAUGUUGGUAGGCUACCUUCUCUAUAACUAUCUCACUGGGAGAGGACAGAAGACCCCGUACAUGCUGAAUCCACCCUGUUUUCACCAACUACCUCUCAUGCUCCCUCCAGACAAUCUCAAACCUUUACCAAUCAGCAUUAAAAUUAAAUCAUCAUCUGAUACUUUAUGCCCUGACCCUGCGCCACACACUGUAUACCCUACCCCCAGCUUCUUGCCGCAGGUGCCCGAGGCACCCUUACAGCCUGAGGAACCUAGGGAUGAUUAUGGGUCUGUCCUUGUGGCUCCUGUUGUUAACAGAAAAGAAGAAGAAGGAAGAGAAAUAAGACAUGAUGGAGAUAAUGGGAAUAGUCUCACGGGUGAACACCAGCAAGGUAUAGAUAGGGGCAACAGAAAAGACAAGAAUGAUGAAGAUGGCAUUUACGCUCGUCAGGCAAAGCCCUGCCUCUUGGACAGGAAGACCUACACAUUCAGACAAACACCUAUGCCGACACACGGACAGAAAGAGGUGAGCACUCAUAUGCAGGCUCACCCAUGGUCACAGGUAAAAUCAGCUUUGCCGACUCAACAAUUGCAGUGUUGUCAGGAAUCUGUUACAGCUGAGCUCAAUAUAAGGGAGGAUGGUGGGAAACUUCCAGGCCUAUUUAUAAGCAAAAGCCCACAAACUGGCCUCUUCAAUGUCAUUCCUAACUUACAAACACAAAGGGAUGUAGAUGAGCAAGGGGAGGUAGCUAGAAAGAUAGAUGUAAGUGAGGAGAAAGGAAGUGAGUGUGAGAAUGUUCCCUUGCUUUCUGCUUAUGCCCUCCAGGACGUUAAAAACAUGCCUAUGUGUCAUCCCAACCAAUCUCAUUGCUUAGCAGAUGACUAUGGUCUUCUGGCUGCAGCACAAAAAACAGAAGAAGCUCAUUUUGAUAAUGAUGAGGAGGAAGAGGGAACUAUUUGUAUUAACUGGAACCCUGAGACCAGAAAGCUAGUGCUGCCAGAGAUGGAGAUGGGGUUCAAGAAAGGAGGGUUGAAUGAAUUGACACAUUCAGAAAGAGAGGACAGGAUAGCAGGGAAAAAUGACAAGAUGUAUAUGAGCAGGUUUGAGCUGCAGUUGGAAAGUGUGUUUGUCAGGCAAACAUCUGAGGAAGAGGCAGAGGCACAGAGAGUGUUGCAAAGAGGUGGGGUGGCAGGAUGGGAAGUGGAUGAUUUUUUGACAGCAUGGGGCUUGAUCAUACCAACAGAUCAGUAAAAGUUCAUUAUUAUUUUACCAUAUUAGUUUUCUAUUAUAUUAGUUUUGGUAUGUAAUAGUAUAAAGGGGCAUUAAAUUCUGUAGUUUGUUUACUUUUAUUAAUCUUGACCUGAUAUUUAUCCCGUUAAAGAAUUAUUAUGUGUUCAAUUCUGAAGGAAGUUAUAGGUUCAGAUUACUUUUUAAAUGAAAUAUUGUUUAUGCCUUUGUUUUUUUUAUGUGAGUAAGCUCAUUAUGUAACCCUGCAGGUAACUGUAAAUAUGUUUUUAUCCAUGUUUACUUCAUAUCUUAUGUAGGAGUAGUAGUUGUGGAUGCUAUGUCCAUGAUUUUAUUGCAGUCGAAACACUUUUUAUUGCUCUUUGUGAGACGCUUUGAAUAGAGUACUGGUGUUUACAUGUUGGUUUUAGAUUUGUAUAUGUCAUAAUAACAUUUAUCUGCAUAAUAGCUGCUUUUCUGUGCACUAAUCCAAUGGAAAUGCUGAUGCUUAGAGGAAAAUAACCAUGCCUUUGCAACUGCUUGCAUAUGAUUAAGAUAGCACUUUAUUCCUUUUUAAAAUACAAAUUUUACUAAUAAUGGAGGGUAUGACCCUGAACCACGUGUUUUUUUGUAAAUAGGGACUUUUUUUUAUUUCUGGUGUAGCUUUUGUUUCCUCGUCAAACUAUGCAAACAUCUUCCUGGCUUCAACAUUCUCAUGGUUAACAGAUUGUCAUCUUGUAUUUCUGGUGCUGCUGGAUGCUUUUUUGUUUUGACAUUCACACACACGACAUCUGCAAGUGAAACUAUUUUAUGGUGUUGUAUUUACAAGUUGUUAAACUUCUUUAUUUGCUGGAGUGACCUCUAUUUUCCAUCACAUCUGAAACCUUAUUUAAAUGAACUGUAAAUACUUUAACUUGUACUUUUGACUCAUUUAUUGUAAUUCAAAGGAAUGAUUAAAGUAGGUUAUAUUACCAUUAUGUAUCAGUGAAGGAAGGCAUUAUGUACUUUUGUUAAUUUUGUUCCUCUUUCUCUGUGAAUUACAACACUGUGAUAUGGGAAAAAUGUUGUGAAGAUUUAUGUAUUCCUUGCUGCACAUCAUCUCUUGAUGUUAUCGCAGGAUUUUUUUUUUAGAGUGAGUCAUUGUUAAUGGCCAUAAACUGAUAACACUUUCUGUAAGUCACGAGAUGUGGAAUUAUGCACAACAAGUACUUGGAGUUUCCCGUACUAAUGUAACUCAUGUUGAUGGUAUAUGUAGUUUAUAUAAAAAAUAAUUCACUCAUAUUUGUUUUUAUAGUGUAUUUUAUUAUAUUUGUUUGUGUACUACAAAAUUAGUUUUAAUAAAAAAAAUGUAUUU